UCAGAUUCUCUCUCUCUCUCUCUUGGAGCCAGCUAUGGAUGUGUUCAAUGGCUUCCUGAGUGCGAUCAUGCAUGUUUUGGUCGCUGUGCUGCUUCUAAUCUAUCUUCGAUCUCGGAUUUGGAGACUGAUAGCAUUUGUCUUCGUUACCCCCUUUUGCAAAGAAGAUGUCGGAGGAAAGGUGGUUCUGAUAACCGGAGCUUCUUCCGGCAUUGGUGAGGAACUGGCUUACCAAUACGCAAGUAGAGGAGCCUUUCUGGUUCUCGUAGCCAGAAGGGAGCAAGCUCUAAGAAAUGUUGCUAAGGCUGCAAUGGAGAAAGGCUCCCCAGAUGUGUUAGCGAUCAAAGCAGACAUCUCCAGACAGUCAGAAUGCAAGAGGGUCAUUGAUGAAGCCAUCGCUCACUUCGCCCAAUUGAAUCAUCUUGUUGUUAAUGCUGGGCUUCUUUCCAGUUCUCUCUUUGAAGAGAUCACUAAUAUAUCUGCUUUCAACCAAGUUAUGGAUGUAAAUUUCUGGGGUGCAGUAUACACAACUUAUUACGCUGUUCCACACUUGAAGAAUAGCCGAGGCAAUAUUAUCGUCACAGCCUCGGUAGCUGGUCGUGUCCCUACUGCAAGAAUGAGCUUUUAUAAUGCAAGCAAGGCUGCAUUAAUAAGAUUCUACGAAACACUAAGAGCAGAAUUUGGAUCAGACAUUCGGAUCACUAUACUGACACCAGGAUAUGUGGCUUCUGAGCUUACAAAGGGAAAAUUUCUUCAAAAAGGAGGUGAAAUUGAAGUCAGCGAGGAGAUUAGAGAUCUUCAGGUUGGGCUAUUCCCAGUUGGUUACACAGACAAAUUUGCAGAGGUAGUUGUGGAGAGUGCAUGCAGGGGUGAUGAGUAUGUAACUUGGCCUUGUUGGUACAAACCUUUUCAUGCAAUCAUGUUUUUUGCACCAGAAUUAAUUGAUUUGUAUUCAAGAGCAUUCUAUCUCACCAAACCAGGUGUUGAUUCCAGUAAGGCACUUAGUAGAAAAAUCUUAGAGGUUACAGGUGCAAAAAAGUUUCUAUAUCCUCCUUCUAUUAGAUCAUCAUCCCCUGCUAUGUUGGGCAACACAAAGUAGUUUUUUUUUUUGUUUUUUUUUUAUUUUAAUUUAUUUUAUAAUUAUUAUUUUUACAUAAGUUAUCUAAGAAAUCAAAUGGGGUUUAGUUCAAAAGCAUUAGAUUGUGAUUUUCUUAAAUCAAAUGUUGAAUAGUUUGUGUGUGUGAAAUUUGAUGUGUAGAUGAUUUCCUAUUUGUUUUGUAAUUGAUGUUGUGGCCUCAUUUAAAUUAAUGAAAAAUAAAUCAUUUGGAAUAAAUAUUUGUUUGUGAGAGAGACUUAUUGUAUGGUGCUAUUUUAUUGUUUCUUAUAAAUUAAAAAUUAUAUAUAGAUCUCUCUGUGUGCCUCCAGCUAUUGCCUGUUAGUAGAGCAACCCCUUUGAGGUCUUAAGUCUUCUCAGUUCACAGGUUUGAAUCCCCAUCUC